GACCGAACCGUCCGCAAUCAACUCAACUCGGGUGUGCGGUGCCAUCAACUCGACUCGUCGCGUCUCACUCAACACCAUCUCACAACACACCUCAAGACAUCUCAUUCCGAUCCUAGCCUCCCGCUGUCGUCGUUGCAGCUGGUCGAACGACUUUGUGAUAUACAUCCCUUGCACCACCCAAUACAGGCAGUGCACUACAACCGCACCAACAACAGACGACCUCAACAACGCCAGAUAGGACCUCCUUGCGCGACACCGCACCCGCCAACCAAGCAUGGCCGAGUCAUCAACACCCGCCUCCUUCUCGGCGUACGCCAGCAAGUUCCUCUCAAACAGCCGUCAUGCCAAUCAACAACCGUUGUCUGGCAGCCAGAUCUUCCGCGCGUCAUCACCUGGAUCACCAUCCCAUGAUGACCCGUUCUUGCCUUCGCCCAGCGCAUCUCGAUCUCAGCCACGGCUGGCUGGGUCCUCUCGCUCAGUGUCGCCACCUCCGACGCCACCGUUCCCUGGACCAGGCAUAGAUGGAAUCCCAUCGAUUGCAGACAUCGCAGACAGCCAGACAACUGGUAUCGGCCUGUUGUUUGAUCGAUCCGAAACGGACGAGCGGCCGGGACCGCGGCAGCCGCCCACGUAUUCUCGCCGCCCCGUCCCAGACCCGUACGGCCCAUCAUCGGAUAGCGAAGGCGAACUGGAAGACGACCUCGAUCAGGUGGCUGCAGUUCGGCGGUCACUGGUUGGCCCUUCCGACAAUUCGCGAAAGUCGAGGACCAACAAGGGAUGGCUAGCCUACCAGAGCGUGUUCCCGUCGUCAUCAUCCAGUGAAGCGACCGAGAGCGAGAAAGGGACAGAAUCCGACGAUAGCGACGCCGGUGGGAUGGGGGUGAUGGGACAGUCGCGUGGCAAGCCCCGCAUCGCGGACGAUCCCUUUCAAGGCGGAACGGGGUCCACCCUCGAGGAGCCUCUCCUCGGCCCUGAUGAGAUCACACAAAUGACCACCAGGGUGCCUGUGCGCCUCCAAGUGUACCACGGCCGUUUUGGACAUUGGGAGCGUGAGGGCUUGAGGAAGUACAAAGAUUCGGGGUUCUUGGCGCUCUGGCUCACGAGUCUCUUGGCCAUCGUCAUCGGGCUGAUGUUUGUUUGGGGUUCGACAGAUCCGCCAUCCGAGUCGCCAAACCACCGAAGGGCGCCCUCAAUCAUUCCCCUUCUCCCAAUCCUGUUGCUACUGGUCAUUCCAACGCUGAUCUUGCCUCCGGUCUUCCUCUUCCUCUUGAAGAAGACGGUCCGUCCAGUCCUACUGGCUACAUCAAUCAGUGUCCCAUUUGCGCUGUUUGUUUGCGGCUGGUGGGCCUUGGGUGCAAGCUUUGAAUCCGUCGGAGACGCCGAUCAGGCAGACCGUUGGUGGGCAACGAGAGGCUUGCAGCUCGGAGCGGUUGUCCUCUGGCUACUCUCGGCUUGGUUCGCGCGAUUGCUAUGGCUGCGGCGCCGAAAGCUGGAACGCACCGUGACCGUCGUCGAGCUCUCUACCCAUCUCCUCCUCACGCACCCUCCAUUACUGCUUCUGACCCCACUCCUGCUUGCUGUGUUUGCCGUCACUUCAAUCCCAUUCCUGACCUUGCUGGUUCGCCUCGCAAUGAUUGGCUACUGGCGCCACCCCCGCGAGAACACCUAUGUUUUCCAAAUCCGCCCUUAUGCUGGCUGGCUCAUUUUCAUUGUCACUGUCGUUUGGGUGUGGUCGUGGGGGGUAAUCCGAGGGGUAGGACGCGUCGCUGUCGCGGCCGUUAUCGGCGAGUGGUACUUCCAUCGUCAAAAUGGACUCGACCCAUUGGAAGUCACGACCGCCGCAGUUCAUCGAGCGACAGGGACAUCCUUAGGGAGCGUCUGCCUUGGCUCUCUCAUUGUGGCAUCUGUCAGGCUCGUAGGCCGAAUGGCGGCCGAGCUCAAGCGCAUCACCUCGCCUCGCUCCAAGGUCUUGCCGUCGGCCCUCUCAUUCCUGUCACACCUUACGCCAUUCUUCAACAUCACAGCAAGUGUUCUGGAUCAACUUAAUGGUUAUGCCCUUGUCUACGUCGGCAUCACAGGCGAUGCCUUCUGGCCAAGUGCACGGCGUGCAGUUGGCCUCGCUAGCCGCAAAAAUGCUGGAAAACUUCUCGACUAUACUUUGAUCAAGCUUCUGUUGACGUUGUGCUCGACGGCAACGGGGCUGUUCACAGCUACCGCCGGCUAUCUCUACAUGGCGCAUUCUCUGGGCAACCCCGGGUACGCACCAGUGGCUGCCAUCUUGUGUGGUGGAGUCCCCUUCCUGGCUAUUCGCGCGGGGGCGGCAGUGUUGGGUGAUGCUGCCGAUGCUCUCUUCAUCUGCCACCAGAUUGAUGGUGAAUCUGGCGGUAGCCACUGUGACGAGGCGAAGGAAGCCUUCGCGGGGGAGACAUUUAGAAGUGAUUCAGUUGUGUAGACCGCCAGCAUUGUUUGUUUAUGCUUGUACCCCAGUGUUGUUUUGAAGUGGGUGAUGCUCAGAAGUAUGGAUCACCUCUUAGACUGUUAAACGACAAGGCCAUCGCGCUUUGGCACCAACUUUGCCACUCGACAAGUGAGGGGAGAAAGGAGAAAUCUACCUUGCUCGGCUUGCCUUCCCUCAUUCCCCACCACUGAGUGAGCAGGUGAGUCAGCGACCGGUGCACGGAGUCGUGCUGUUGGAUUUGUGCAGUACCUUCCUCCGCGUCGACGAUCAUCUAACUUCCUUCAACUCUCACUCUUCCUCAUCCCCGUGUCGUAACCUUCCAAUCCUCCGUCUCCCAAACCCACGCCCUUCUCAGCAUACUCAUUCGCGACGUCACUCCGCUCACACGACGAUCAAGAUGCAAGCUUUCCGCACACGACCCACCACCAAACUCCAGACCACUGCGCCGACAAAUAGCAGCCGAGUUGCCCUUCCUACAACUAGAGUCACCCCUAAAGUCAAAAGGCAUUUUAUCAAGAGGCUCCUUCAAUUCUCAUUCGGAGCAAUCACGUUUCACAGGAAUAUCCUUCCGGAUGAAGUCUUUCAGGACCACCAAGUGAAGGCUGAUUAUGAUGAACAUGGCAAUCCGAAGAUCGUCAUGGGUGUGAAAACGUUCAAAGAAGGGGAAUGCCUUGAAGUCGAUGCCCUCGCAGCUCACCUAACGGGGCCUUCGGACGAUGGGAAAACCCCCGCUGGUGGGAUUUACCAUGCGAUUGCAAGCCGGUACUUGAAGAAGCUGAGUUUUGUCAUCCUCCUGGACCCUAAUGAUCGCGACAACGUCAUCGAGGCCUAUACUUUCGACUUCUCAUAUUGUGAUGAGACGGGUUCACCCGACAUUUCAAUGUCGCAGUUCUCAACUACUACCUCGCUCGAGUCCUCGAUCACUGGGACGGCUCCAGCUAGUGCAGCUGAUCUACAGAUGACAAUGAUCGAAUUCCUGACAACUCUUAACAAAAAGAUAUCUGAGCUUCCCGCGCUUCCACGCCAACGUUAUGUCGACAUCCGACUUCAAUACACCGACGACACACCGACGGACUAUCGUGCUCCCAACUUUUAUGCCACUGACGGGAGCCUCUUUAUGAGGACUCACAAUAUGGACGAGGUGCCGGUGUCGUUCGUCGGAGGACAUUUUUCGACCGGUGAUCACGACGUGUCCUUGCUCGUGUCCUCCGCGGCACAGUACCUUCCCCUUGAAGCUACAGCCUUCCAUUUCGAUGAGGAGAAAGGGAUGGCUUUACACAGUCAGAGCGAAGCGAUUCAGAAAGCCGAUGCUGGUCAACGCAUGGUGACCUGGGAUACCGAAAACAUUACCAUCCACCCUUCCGCCACGAGAUUCAGUGCAGCAUUUGUGGCAGCGAUUGAAAAGACGAUUGUGGGGAGGCGUGGGGAACGGAUCAAGGACUGGACUCCGUUGGAAGAAGACCAUGAGACUGAACCGCCACACGACGGCAAUCGACCGAGUUUUUACCCAGAGACGCAUACCAGCCUCCCGUUUAUCCACCACUCGUACCCCACAGACGAACCCAGAUGUUUUGAGAGCAGUGGCGGUUUGGACGAAUCUCCUCCUUCUGCCACCGACGCGUCACUCGAGGUCGAGACGAGCCCCACCAUGACGAAGAGCGACCGCCGUCCCCUUACCUCGCACGGUCCGAAGGCGACACCUGCUCCACAGUUGCCACGGAACCCCAAAGCCACGGCGACUACAAAGACUCCAACGACCCAGAAGGCUACUACGAAUCCCAAGACGUCGAAGAGCCGGAAGACUACACCCGGUUCUAAGGCGCAAGGGAAUACGAACCCCUUGACGAGUGGGCGGCAGCGUAAAGUCGGCGAGGGUCGCACUUCUGCGUCGCCGAAGAAGGCCUCUGCCCCAAAAGAGGUUGACGAGGAGCCGAAGACCUCCAAGCCUCCCAGCAAGAGUUCGAAGCAGACUCAGAAGAACCCGAAGGCCCCAAAGGUCUCGAAGGCCUCCAAAGCCCCGAAGGCUUCAAAGGUCCCGAAGGUGAAGGUCUCGAAGGUCUCGAAGGCCCCGAAGGCCCCGAAGACCCCAAAGACCCGAAGCCCAGUCUCUCAGACUCCCCAGUUCAAGACGCCCGCGGCUGCUCCUCCCCAGCAGCAACAAUACUCGCCUGCUUCACUCAAUAUCUCAUCAAACUCCAUGGCCACCAACAGUCGUCGCUUCGACGAACUGCCCGAGACUAAUCCCCUGCCUAUAACGGCGGGUGGUAGCGUCUCGUUUCAAGCUCCAGGCACCAGUGAUGUCCGCUUCGGCCGCAUGCUGGCACCUCUCGACUUCGGGAUGGUGGGGUAGUCGACCCCCGUGGCCCUCCUGUGUUCACCAUUUCGCAUGAUGCAAAACCCAAUGCAAGUACUGUACAUACAUUAUAUGAUAUCAAUGAAUGGCACUCGAUGCCCAGUUAUGUCCCUUCCUGGAUAACCUGUGCUCCGGCAUUGAAGCCUCGGGGUCGUGACUCCUGCAGCUUGGCACUCUUGGUACCAAACUGCAUUGCU